GCGAAGGACUUGAACGCACCAUAAGCGACAAAUCGAACAUGCCUUCAACAUAGUCAAACAGUCGAAAAACAUUUUCCAGUCUCCCUUGAGAUUAAAAUACUUAGUCAAUAUUAGUUUUGUGUUUUUGUUUUGUUUUGCUUAAGGGGAGAAAUAACGAUAAGAAGCUGUCCAGACGACCUUUAACCUUCGAUUUAGCUGCACUGUACAGUACAGUCACAGCACCAGUCAUGGAGGGAAGACAUGACCCAGUGUGUCGUCGAGGAAGCCGAAUGUAACAGUGAGGCGAGCGACAAGGGGACCGAGCUACUGGGCCUCUAAACAGUUGCAAUGAUGUCGGACACGAGGCUUUAGCGACACGGAAACCCCCCCACCCGGGACCAACAUGCAGCAGAAAGGCGCCAUCCAGAUCAUCGAGUGGGAGGACCUGGACAAGAGGAAAUUCUACUCUCUGGGCGUGCUGAUGACCCUAAGCACGCGGGCCACCGUAUACCCGGCCAGCCUGAUACGCACGCGACUGCAGGUGCAGAAAGGCAAGGCGCUCUACUCAGGCACGGUGGAUGCCUUCUGCAAGAUCCUGCGCACGGAAGGCGUGCAGGGCCUGUACCGCGGCUUCAUGGUCAACACUUUCACGCUGGUGUCGGGCCAGGCGUACAUCACCACCUACGAGCUGGCGCGGCGCUACGUGUCGCGCUACUCGUCCAGCAACACGCUAAAGUCUGUGGUGGCGGGCGGGGCAGCGUCGCUGGUGGCGCAGACCAUCACCGUGCCCAUCGACGUGGUGUCUCAGCACCUCAUGAUGCAGGGCCAGGGCGAGCACAGCGGCCGCUUCAAGGCCAAACCCAAAAUGAUGCUGGCCGCCACCAAGCGCAGGCUGACCUUCGGGCAGACGAGGGACAUUUCCGUGCAGAUUUUUGCCGCCGACGGAUUCAGGGGUUUCUACAGGGGCUAUGUGGCAUCUCUGCUCACGUACAUCCCAAACAGUGCACUCUGGUGGCCUUUUUAUCACUUUUAUGCAGAGCAGCUGUCUCUGAUGGCACCCAGUGAGUGCCCCCACCUCAUCUUGCAGGCACUGGCCGGGCCGAUGGCCGCCGCCACCGCCUCCACCAUCACCAACCCCAUGGACGUGGUCCGGGCGAGGGUGCAGGUGGAGGGCCGCUCGUCGGUGGUGGAGACCUUCAAGCAACUACUGGCGGAGGAGGGCGUUGGCGCCAUGACCAAGGGUCUGUCGGCCCGCAUCAUCUCCUCCACGCCCACAUCGGUGCUCAUUGUGGUGGGCUACGAGACCCUCAAGAGGCUCAGCCUACGAGACGAGCUGGUUCAGUCCAGACACUGGUAGACUGGGACAAAAAAGCCUAAAGCCGCAUUUUACCUCAUGGCAGGAGCACACUAUGGUUGCGACAAUACUGCCAAAACGUGUUAAACCUAUGACAAUAUUCAGAAAGACUUGCUGUACUUAAAGCUUCGGUGCUUUAUGGUUAGAAAUGUUUGCUUUCUCGGUGGGACCUCCCAAGUGGGACAGAAUUUGGUCUUUUGGGCAUGAUCACUCUCAGUCUAAAUGGACAUCUAUUGACGUCAAUGAGUUAAUAUCAAGUAAAGGUUAUAUUACCUUUGAAGAAUGCCUUACAGAUUUGGUUUUGGAGGAAAAUACACAUGAAAAAGUGAUUUUAAUUUUUCCAAUUCUAGCCACGGUACCGGUACUCACCCUUUCAUGAAUUGUUUGGCAAUAAAAGACUGUUCACUACAAGACAAAAUUUCCUCCCUCCCAAAUUACUAUAAUACAUAUAACGAUAUUUUAAAAAUGACUCGCCUAAUAAAAGUCAAAAGUACUUACCUUUUGACUGAACGAUCAGGAAGGUGCUUGUCAACUAGCUAACACUGUCACCUCGCAAUGUUUUAUAAACUUUGAUAUUAAAACAAAGUAAAACCACUUGUUUGAAGACAACUGAGAGGAACCGGAGUCUCGUUUUGUUUUAAACAGCUAUUCAUCAGGCUUUUCAGAUUUGAGGUACAAGCUAGUUUAAUUAGCAUUAGCUAAUUUAAACUGGUUAUUUUAUACUCAAAUUGUACUCGUUUACAGAAAGGUUCCUGUGUUUGUUUGGUCUUCCGGCCAAAACUGUUUUAAGUCUGGACUCAAAAUUGAAUUUCUUGAGGCUGACUUGGGAGGUUCCGCUGUACUAUUAGAGUAAUAUGUGGGGAGCGGGUUUAUUAUUUUUGUUAGGCAGAACCUCCAAUUGGAGCGUAUGUAGAUUUUAUGUGCCAAAAAUUAAUAUGGUUCCUAUUAAAAAUAGGUCUAUUGUUUAAGUGAAACGUUACAGUUGAAUGUUUCCGGACACCAACCGCCAAAAUCCAGUGAGAUUUUUGGUGAGAAGCAACAAAUUUUGGACUGGUUGCCAGCCAGUCUUGGGAACAUGGAGAGAAACUACUUCCAACCACACCUAUGGACAUUUUAGAGUCUUUAAUAAUGCAGAUUUAAAUCUAGGACCUGAGAACUGAAGCAUACAUGCUACCCACUAGUAAACUGUGCUACAUUUCCUGUCACUAUUCAAACUACCUACACGUGGUGUGUUAUAGGCACCACAAACUCCAUUUAAAAUACUUCAAAAAUGCGCACCAGCACAUGUUAGCAGAGUGAAAUUAUGUUCUGGAUGAAACUGCACUUAAUGAAUAUUGAUGGGGGGUGUUUUCAACUGUAACCAAUGUGUUUUGUCUGUUGAAUGUUUUAGUGAAACAGUGGACACUUGUGGCUCAGUGGAAUUAAUAAAGAAUGCAAUCAAUGCAUUGGAUUGGUUGAUCAGUGAAAUGUAGCUGAAAAUUAAUUUACAACCCAAUUAAAUUAAAAAAAAAAAAAAAAAGCAAAGCUUUAUUGAACUGAUCUUGAGCUAGAAGAAAAUUAUAAAAAAAAAAAUAAAAAAAAGUCCCUUCCCUUGUACCAGAUGUGUCACCUCACAUCGGGCAGUCGUAAAUAUGAAUGGCACGGUCGUCACCAGCCGAGAUGAUUUUGGAACCGUUGCUGUUAUACUUGACACUCCACACCUGUUAAAGAAGCAAUCACGCAACUGAAUCGUUACUCUGUCCUAAAUAUAAAUAUGCUGUAGGUCUUACCUGGUCUUGGUGGUCAAAGAAGGUGUUGAUGCAUGCUCUGGAACUAGCGUCCCAAACUUUGACGCUUUUGUCCGACGAGCUGAAGGGUGGGAAAUGAUCAGAAAAAGGCCGUUAAACAAUGUGGCUGCUAUUAACGAGGAUAGAUGUCCAAUCGAUUUAAGCUGGAGGCUAAUGAAGAAAUGUUACUACUAGUGACAAACUAAAAUUGAGGUGGUGUUAAUCUUACGGGUUACAUUUUUUAGUGUCCCGACAUAAUUGGCAUCCUAAGAUGGCAGUAUUGCAUCACAUCUUGAGUGUGUACCAGGCGGUCGUAGUUCAUUUGAACUAGAUACAGUUAGAGUUUGAUGCAGUAAAGAUGUUUACGUCAUGUAAGUAUUAGGGAGUAAACCAAAAAAGUUCCACAUUCCUAAAUUUUAUUAGGGAACUUCCAUUAAAUAUUUUUAUUCCUUAAAAGGUAAGUUGGUCGUUCAUAUGUGGAAAAAAUUUUGGAAUAGGUUGGAUCACACAAUAGUUUACCGUGAAGAUCAGCACACGUUUUUUUGACGUCACACUCAGUGUCACUAAUGAACUUGACACCUGAAUGCUACUCUUUUUUCAUCCCGUCUUUCCUGUUCAUUUUGCUUUAACUGCUCGUUUUGUGAAAUAUCGACUGGGCUGUCCCACUCAAUGUUCCACUUGGGUUGGAAGGGCAGAACAGACAACAUGUUUAUGUAGUUAAAAAGUAAUACUGUGGAAAUCCGGCAGCGUAACCAUGUGACGUCAACAAUAAUGGCGACUUACUAGUUAAACUAAUUUUACAAAUUUAUUAAAACAAAAACAUUAAGAGGGGUUUAAAUAUCAAAUUAUUAUAACUCUUACUAACAUUUAUCUUUUAAGAACUACAUGUCUUUCUAUCCGUGGUUCCCUUUAAACAUAAAUGAUGACUUUAUGCUUGUGAAUUUCCAUCGGUCUUGUACAGUGGACCCUCAUGAUAUGAGCUUUUCAUGAAAUGAGUGUCGUGAUGAGAGAAAAUGAGUCUCAAUAUGAGCGAAAUCCAUAAAAGCCUCUCGCUUGGUUGGCUUGUAUGAGUGCCUCAGCAUCCCACCAGGUGGCAUGUGAGCUCUCGCUUUGUCUCUCCAAGUGUCGGUGUCACUCUAGAUGGCAUACAAGCAUCUCGCACCAACAGAAUCCCCAACCUGCCCCUUAUUGUCAUUGUCUCAGGUGAUAGAAUUUUGAAUCGAAGUGCAGCCGAAUCAUUUGUGUUUACAAGUGAAUAUUAACCAUGUCCCCAAGUUUACUUACAGCAAAAACUUUGUAAUAGAAUAGAAUACAAAGACUUUAUUCUCAUUGUACAGAGUACGAGAUUUAAAGCUUCGCCGUAAUGCGCACCACAUGAAACAAAAGCAAAAGUACAAUAAGGCUAAUAUAAACAUAGGCUGCUGUGUUCACAGAUUGGUAAUAAAGUGACUACCAGCAAGUGGUGAUGUUAAAGUGUGUAUAUGACAAUUAACAGUGCUCAGACUAAAAGGCAGAUGGCUGACUUGAUAUGAUUGUGCGUAGAUGUUGAUGUAAUAGUGCAAAAAUGCUAUAAUGUAACUGCAAAUAUUGCAUUUGCAGUACCCAGCUUGAGACAGACGUCUCUGAACAUAUUACCUCGUGAAAUGCUUGAGACAUUGUUGUGGCAUUAGCAGUGCAAUGACAGUGACAUUUUAGUGCAAACUUGAGUUCUCUCUUUCCUCCUGCUUGGUUGACUUGCACUUUCAUUACGUUGCUAGAUUGCAGCUUUCAUGGUAAGUACUUGUAUAUACAGUAAAUACCAUCGUUAUUUUACUUUUAAUUUCUUUUCCAUAUUAAUUAGCCUUAAAAAUAAUGCUUUGAAAUAUUAUUUACAGGUAAAAUGGGGGUCAUGGGAAGUGUUGCUCACAAUAACUGGAAAAUACAUUCAUGAUACAAGCAUAUUCAGGUUACAAGCUAGGCCGUGGGAUGGAUUGUGCUCGUACCAUGAAUGUCCACUGUAUUUUCAUUAUACACUGUAUGUAACACCUACCUAUAUGAUAGGCUGGUGUAUUACAUACAUGUAUGAACUUGAUUGUUUUCUCCAAUUAAAAGGAUUGGCCUUUUUUCUUUUUUUUAAAUAAAACCACUCGAAAAAGCAUUAAUUCAGAUUUCAUCUCUUCUUCAAUGUGUGUCUUGUCAGGGGUUCUCUUCACCCCACUUGAAAUAAGAAAAUGAAAACAUUACCUGGAAACAAAAUGUGUGUUAUCUGGGGAGAAAGCCACAUUGAGAACCCAUGAUCCAUGUCCGCUCAGCGUACCGGCCAGGUUCGCGUGUUGCCUGGA